CCCUUUCUGUAAAGUGCCACUUGCAAAUUACAGUACUGAAAAGUAAAAUCCAAGUGGAUUAACUACUUUAGUUUUAAGGCUUAGAGGCUCCAGGCUCUUUACAUGUGAGAGUAAUGUCCUUGACAAUUGGCUCAUAUCAUCCAAUUCACAUUAGUUCUUUUUUUAGCAGGAGUGGAGCGGUGGUCUUGUCCUCAUAGGUGGGCUGAUGGUUCACAAUCAAGCAAGAAAUAGGCCAAGAUGACUAAUGAACAAUGUGAGAAUUGGCUGACAUGUUUCCCGGUGAGCACUCUUUUGAAGGGCAGUGCGUAGAGGUGUAACAUUAAAGAGGAGAGGCUGAAGUGGUAUUUAUUUUUGCAACAUAAGCAAAAUAAAUGUUUUACUGCAGUUACUGCAAAGUGAUAGAGCUAAAGCUACAGGGAUUGGUGACAUCCAGUCUGUUGGAUCGUGUUUUGCAUGUGUAUAUCUACAUAUAGAUUACUAACUGUAUAGAUAUCUAGUGUAUGAUGGUUCAGACAGAAGUUUGGAGAAAAGCUAACAUGACCACUGGGGUACGAGCAUUGCGCGCCCCCAAUGGCUCGUAGCCAGUUGACCCAUUCACAUGUAAAUGAGUCGACGUAUAUACCCGUACAUGCCCCCUCAGAGCAGCAUUAACAGCCCAUUCUCUGGCUGGGAUCUCCCGGCCAUCUGUCCCCCCAACGGGCUCUAACGGCUCUCUGGAUUACACACCGACCUCAUGUCCAGCGGACUCCUGGCAUCGCCUGGGUUAAACUUCAGCAACAUGGCCCCCAUCCGCAACAACACAGCCGGAGUGGACAGAGGUGAUAGCUGCAGUGGGAUCACAUCUGACAGAAAGAUGAGGAAACCUCUAGUCGAGAAGAAAAGAAGGGCUCGCAUCAAUGAAAGUUUACAGGAACUCAGAGUCCUCAUAGCAGACGCAGACUUACAAUCAAAAAUGGAGAAUGCCGAAGUGCUGGAGAUGUCAGUGAAACGAGUGGAAAGCAUUUUGCAAAACCGGGCUCAAGAGGUGGACGCGGUGAACCGGGAGGCCAGUGAGCGGUUCGCCGCCGGUUACAUCCAGUGUAUGCACGACGUCCACACCUUUGUGUCCGGCUGUCCGGGAAUAGACCCGACAGUAGCCGCGGAGCUGCUGAACCACCUCCUGGAGAGCAUGCCUCUGAACGACGAGGACCGCCUCCGGUUGAUGCUCCCGGACGCCGUGGCAGACCUGUCCGGCUCUAACAGCACUUGGUCCCUGUCCGAGAGCAUGUACACGUCCCUGGUGUCCCCGGCUCCCUCCGGCACCUCCACCGAUGACCUCUCCUCUGACCUGGAUGAGACUGAGUCAGAGCAGAGCCAGGUUUCCUCCUCAGAGGAGGCAGACAGCCAGGAGGUGGUGCCUUGUUUAGCCUACUCCAAGUCAGUGUGGAGACCUUGGUAGAUGGUUUAAAUGGAGCAGCAUGUUUUAAACUAGUUGAAUGGUUUGUGUUAGGAUGCUGUGUGCGAUAGGCCUCAGUACAUGACAAAACACUGCUGAGAUGGCAACUUUGGAACUUGUUAAAAUGCAUCUGAGAAGCUCUUUGUAAAAAAAAACCUAAAAACUACAAUUAAACUUAAACGUAUUUAAUGAUUAAAAUAUGUAAUUAGGUCUCUUUUGCAGAGGAAAGGGACCUGUAUGGUCUGCAUUUGGAAAUGUCUUGGCCUUGCAUUGGCCUGCCUUCAGUGAAGGGGGUAAAUACAUAUGUAAAUAUGUACUUGUUGAAUAUAACUGGGCUGUAUAGAAAAUAGGUGCCCCACCAGAAAUGCAUUGUUAGUCGUUUGUAAAUUAUUUCCUAUUUAGGAUGUCUUUUAAUAAUGUAUUUAUUCAUGUCAAGUGACUGUUAGUAGGCUACCUCAUCUGAUUUGUCCUAAGUUUCAGCUUUUCAAUAAAUAUCUUUUCAACUAAUAACUAGUUUAGCAUUCUAUUUGUGCAGCAGACUCUUCAAAAAAAGCCCCAUUUCACACACAAGGAUCCCACUAACCACCCACUCACGGCUGUUUCCAAGAUAUUAGUUAUUACUCUGCAAUUGUGGGCCAUUUGUGUGCACUCUCUCUCUCUCUCUCUCUCCAAGAUCCCUUAGCACAUCGUAGGCAUUUGUGAGGUGUGAAAUGAGUAAUCCACUCACUCCUUAUAUAGGCCUGCUGUAGAACUUGACAAAUGGAUUUUAUAACUCUACUGGAGUUCAGCUUUGUGGUGUUCUCAAAUAGCAUUUGCACAUAUCAUGACUCUGGGCACUAAACCGGGGAAUGCAGAGUAUUAGAGAGUCAUUUUAUCAU